CAAUAUUUUACCGCAAUAGUUUUAACAAAGUCUUUAGCCUAUUAUAUAUGACCUCCUUGAAGAUUGUUUUUACAUGUAUCUAGAUGCCGCAAUACCGUGCAGUAGUAAAUAUACCUGCUAGGGGGCGCUUUUGCAAUCCUGUCAACAAACAUGGCGGCGCCCAGGGUGUGCGUGCCAGGAGAACGUCUUGUCAGCACGGCUGACUGUGAGUCAGGACGAGGGACGUACGUACAUCACGGAUAUAUCUACUCCUGUCUAGCUGGCUACAUGCACAAGAGGAACCUAGAUGGAAAAGAGCUGCCAAUUGUGGAGGUUAUCAGACAGAAGGAAGAUGCAGUUCCCAGAAUAGGCUCCAUCGUCACUGGAAAGGUGACCAGUGUCAGUGGGCGGAUGUGUAAGUGUGCCAUCACCUGUGUGGAGAGGACCACCUUAAGGGAGCCAUUCAGAGGACUCAUCAGGAAAGAAGACGUUCGAGCUACAGAAAAAGACAGGGUGGAAAUGUACAAAUGCUUCAGACCAGGGGACAUAGUUCUUGCAAGAGUUCUGUCCCUGGGCGAUGCCAACUGUUACCUCCUGUCCACAGCUGAGAAUGAGCUGGGGGUGGUGCUGGCUCUCAGUGAGGCUGGAGCACAGAUGGUGCCUGUAAGCUGGAGUGACAUGCAGUGUCCCAAGACAGGCAGUAAAGAGUUCAGGAAGGUGGCCAAGGUCCAGCUUCAGCAGGAAUGAACAGGCCAUUUUGCUAGUUAGUUAGUUUAUUUUCUUAGUUUUUUAAAAUUUUGAUAGGAACACCACAACUAUGUGUAUAACAUGUCCAACCCCUAGUUUGGAUCACUACAGCAUUUCAUAUGUUGAAAUGUCUUCUAAUAUAUCUUUCCAUUCCAAAACUCAUGCUUGCAAGCUUUCAUUUACAAUCAAAAUGGCACUUAUGUUAUGUUCCCUUGAACAAUUAUCCGAAUCCACAGUAUGACUAAUAAACAGCACUUAAUACUGUAAUACCCAGAUUGAUCUGAAAUACAUGUAGAUGGUAUUACUUAAAGCUGCUGUGGGUUGUGGUUUGUUUUGUUACUAGUACAUGUAAUUGAAUUUGAUUCCUUUAUCUUAAAAUGUCAAGCAGACUACACAGUCCUACUUUGGUCAUCCCUCAUUCUAUAGAGUUCUUAGAGUCUUUGUUCCUGUAUCUAGGAAGCAAAGUCGUAGCUUAUGUGUCCUUGACAUGGGCUAGAGCCUCAGCCUAGAGGAAUUUGUUCAGCUUGUUACAGAUGAAAAAGAUUAUUCUCCAAGCAGAGGUUAGGUUUGUUUUGGACGCUUUUAGGCAUAUUUAUCUAAUACAUGUAUGUAUUGAAAUUCAUAAUCGUAUUGUUUCGUCAUGUCUUUGUCAUGAUUUCUCAUAUGUCAUUGUAGGAGGUAAGAAAAUGCUAA